GAAUCCUUUUGACCAGCGCCUCCCUGAGGAGGUCAUGCUGCCCAUUGGCAAGUUGAUGCGUCUCCGUGCCCUCAACCUGUCAGACUGUGGCCUUGAGGCGGUCCCUGAACUCCUGACCUGCCUGCGUAGCUUGGCUGAACUCAACCUCUCCAACAACCCCCUCUCUAACCUGUCCACCUCUCUGGCUGCCUUAGUCAGCCUGCGGACCCUGCUGCUGAGGGGCUGUGGCCUGGAGGCCAUCCCAGCGGCAGUGUGCCAGGUACCCAGCCUGGAGGUGCUGGACUUGUCCAAUAAUCCGAUCCGAUCGACAAGGAAUGCUGUGGAGCUUCUGCGAGGCCGUCGACCAUGCCUCCUGCAGCGCCUGAUACUGCGGAAUGACAAUUGGACACCAGAGCUUGUGGCAGUGGCUUGCAAGAUGGCAAGGUUGUGGGGGGUGAGGGAACCAACAGUUGCGUGA